CUAUUUAUUUUGUGCCAUUCUUUGAUUUAUUUUCAGAUAUAUUCGAAUAUUAUAUGUUCUGUAACAACUAUUCGAUUUAACGACCUUGAAAACGGGUCGAGUCAAACGCAGAAUUCAUUUUCAGCUUGCCUUCGGGGCCAACCGGCCAAGGUAUCAUUGCUUUUCAUUUUUCCGUAACUUCACGAGAGGAGAAAUUUGAUCUUUCACCAUUCGUCGGGUCUGUGCAUUCUUCAAUUUAUAUGAAUUUUGACGGCUAAUUUUCGGCAGUGCAGCUUAGAUGGAGAGCUCUAAAGAUCUAUGUAACAACUUGGGAGAUGGUGAUUGCAGAGUGAAUAUCAGCACCGCUAGCGGCGUUCCGUCGACGUCAACGGCGCCUGGGGCGAGCUCUUCUCUCGCAAUCGGCAGGCAACCCCCAUAUCAGCUCAUGGCCGGUCGUGAUGCAGAAGUAGCUACGUGGAGGCAGUUGCGUACCUUGUUUGGCAUGAUCAUUGUUGCUACUGUUGCUUGGGCGUUGUUUGAACACUCAGGGUUACCAUUCUUAUCAGUCUGUUCUGAUGUCUUUCUCAUCUUGACCAUACUCCUCUUCCUCCGGGCAAAUUUUGCUGCUUUUAGAAAAAAACAACUCCAAACAUUGCCUGAAUUAGUGUUGACAGAGGAAAUGGUCAACAACGCUGCUGCUUCUUUUCGUGCCAAAAUCAACUAUAUGUUGCUUAUGGCUCACGAUAUCACUCUGGGGAAAGAUUUCAUACUCUUUUUCAAGGCAGUGAUCUUUCUCUGGCUUCUGUCUGCCGUAGGCACUAUGGUGUCAUUCUUCACAAUUGCAUAUAUAGGUAUAUGUGGACGCUUUCUCUGUUACUCACCCUUUUAUACUUGAGGCCCUUGGUAAGAGUCAUUUGUCUGAUGGGCUGAGAAUCUGCUGAAUUUUCUGGAGAAGUGUUAGGUAGCAUAUGUUUCAUGUUAAAUGGCUUCGAUGUGAAUCUGCCGACCCCAAAAUCUUUUGGGAUUAAGGCUUCGAUGUUUUUUAUUGUGCUUUUCUAUUGAUAAGCAUUAUAGGCAGAAAUUAUGGCUGCCAAACAGGACCCUAUUGUCUCACUGAUUAUUUCGGGGGGAAGCAUCAUAUUCAUCGUCUUCCCUGCUCUGUACAAUAGAUUUAAAGACCACAUAGACAGACACUUUUCUAGACAGUAUAAAGUCGUGGAUGAGAGUCUUAGCAGAUUGCCUCAGAAUAUAGCCAAGGACAAAGAUAUUUGAAUUUUGUGCUUAGAAGUUACUAUCUCUUAACUCAUUUCUUUGCCCAUGAUGUACUUCCAGAAAAAAUGUACAGAACCAUGUAGGUUACCACUCAACUUUUUUGUAUUUCUUCGCAAAAAAAAAAAACAAAAAACAAAUUGUACUCCGUAUUUGAUUUUUAUAUACUUCUUUAGGGCUAAAGACAGUUAUGAAAAAUAGCGGCA